UGCGUCGCCCGGUACUACGUGCAUUGAGUGUCUUUAAUGAUUCUUCCCACCACUUUGAUUACCACCUUACCCUAACAUGCUUCCACAAUCGCCUAAAGUCCUAACUAUUAUGUAUACCCUUCUUUCACUUUUUUGUACUUAUGCGCCCUUUAAAUUUUUCAAUGUUCUAUUAGUCCUAAUGGCUCAUUACUUUUGUUAAGAUAAUAAGAUUCGAUCUAGGUUCGUAGACUAGUACAUAAGAAUAUGUUAUGUAAAGCCAUACUGGCAAACAUUGAAAUUCAUCGAAAUAUGAAAUGUGAAACAUGGUAUUAUUGUUAAAAACACGGUGGAUUUUUUUAGAUAAAUGUAUUUUAUGAGGGAAAAGGAAAAAGGUCAAUUAGUCCACUGGUAGCGAUUGAAACUAACGUUUUUUCGACUAAACGGCAAGUGCAGGCGCAUCCUGCCCUUUUAUUUCCUAGCUUAUCGUUUCUCUGAUUCUUCCCUCUCGCUCUUGUACCUCGUGUACCUGACAGGCUGUUGGGCACUCACACAUUUCCAACAAUUAUAUUUCUCCAGCACCCAACCGUGACAAUAAUUGAUUCAACACGACUUGAAAUAAUGGUGAAUGGUAUUUUAAAAAUUGUUUCUGCUUUACGCUGGCGCACGAUGUAUAACAGUAGAGUAAGGUUCGAGUGAUUUGUUGCAUUCACUCACCAACACGAGCGCGGCAGUGUAGAUAAAACCGUGUGAUGGUUGCUUUCCUAUUUAAAGAUGAGAAGUUUGUUACAGAAAGACAGUUUGGUUGACGCUGUUAAAGUAAACAUAUCUCAACAUAACGUUGACUUUUGUAAACUUGCGAAUAUUUGACGUGUGCUACCAGUAUAAUGUACAAUCAAGACGAGCUUGAGGCUCCGGGUUGGUUGAACGACGAGUUCUUCCGUGAUGUGAUGCGCGAAUCAAAUAACGAUCCCACGAUCGAGUUAAUCAAGCCAUGUGUUUUACGUCCGGACACCAAUAAAGGGGACCAUUACGCUAGUGUCAUGUUCCGCACGACCGUCACGUAUCGAUCCCAGCGUUCAAGUGAAGAGAAGUCGGUCAACAUCAUCAUGAAAACGAAGUCAGAAGCAGACGGAUUGAAGAAGGAGCUUUUGGAUGACGAUAGAUUGUUUGCGAUAGAAAUUGAAAUGUACAGCAAGGUUCUUCCGGAGAUGACAAGAAUGUUAAAAGAGAUAGGAGAAGAGUACAAAUAUCCUCGAUACAUCUUCGGUGCUUUGAAGCCCCACACGAUCCUGAUUUUGGAGGAUAUUAGUGACCAGGGAUGGGUGAUGGGUGAUUUAAUCAACAAUUUGGACGAUAUGAAGCCAAUAGUGAAAGAUAUUGCUAUGUUUCACGCUGCGUCCGUAAUGUUGGAAAGCGCUGACUCAACAUUUGCUGAAAGACACGCAUAUUCGAUGAGUGACAAGUUUGUAGGCUUCGAGGGCAUGAUCACGAAGGGCUUUGGGGAUCUGAUGCAUCUCACAAAGAGGUAUCCAGAGUUUGCACACUUUGCAAAGCCAUUGCAAAAGUUCCAGGAUAAUUUACGGGAGCUCUACGUAUCAUCGUACAUCCAGUCAAACACGAUCCAAAACGUGUUGAUACAUGGAGAUUUUCAUGGUAAAAACAUGCUCCAUCAAGUCGAUGCUGAAGGACGACACACCGAUACGAUACUUCUUGAUUAUCAAAUUUGUUGCUGGACCACACCGGCGGUUGAUGUGUAUUAUCUACUGGAUAUGAUACCAACUCAAAAAGUAAAGGACAAACAUCGGUCUGAGUUGAUAUAUAUGUAUUAUCAACAGUACAGUGAUUUACUGAAGCGACUAGGAUAUGUGGGUAAAAUACCGUCCUUGCUGGAUCUGCAGAUAGAGCUGCUCCGACAUGCUGGACUAGAGUUGUUUCACUACGCCAUUUUUAGUCCGAUUCACUACAUGAAUCAAAAUGAUAUAGAUGUAGAGGCAUGGGUGAAAGGAAAUUUCAAUAAUCCCGUCCUCAAUAAUCCAGAGUUCAAGAAGCUAAUGUACACCGAGCUAACGCGCUUCCUACACCAAGGAACAUUACAAUUCAGCUGAUUCGCAACAGAUUUCAUGGCUUGUUGAACUGUUGCUUUAUAAAUGUGUUCAGGCACGAAAGCCCUGUUUAACGAAACACGAAGGUCGUUCGUUAAGUUUGGAGCUUUCGGGCACGAUCGAUAGUUCAUAAGUAUAAGUGGAUUCCGUGAAAUAAACUGUCUUCUAAUUGUGCGAUACGAGAAACAAUAGCUGAUUAGUAUAAAA